AUGGCGACUCCCAGCGCUAACAGCCCAGCUCCGGGCAACAGCAGCAGUGCAAGCCCCGGUCCGGCUCUCCCACCGAGGGUCACGACUGUCAGCAGCCUGCAGGAAUCCAACACCUGCUGGAGGUGUCAGAGCGAGACGGGCUUCCAGAUAAACCUGUCUGGAGCCCCCCCAAGUAAACGAAAAGCAUUGAAGCUGAACUUUGCCAACCCCUCCAUCAAACCCACAACCCGCUUCACACUUAACACCGCGGGACCACCGUUCCAGAACCCACACAUUGAGCGUCUGCGCAGUCACAGUAUGGAGUCGUGGGGGAAGCUGAAGCUGUCCCCAGAUCAACACUGGGAUUUCACCGCAGACGACCUCAAAGAUCUGGGAGAGAUCGGCCGCGGGGCCUACGGCUCCGUCAACAAGAUGGUGCACAAGCACAGCAGCCACAUCAUGGCUGUCAAGAGGAUCCGGUCCACGGUGGACGAGCGUGAACAGAAGCAGCUGCUCAUGGACCUGGACGUGGUCAUGAGGAGCAGCGACUGCCCCUACAUCGUGCAGUUCUACGGCGCCCUCUUCAGGGAGGGCGACUGCUGGAUCUGCAUGGAGCUCAUGGCGAUCUCUUUAGACAAAUUCUACAAGUUUGUGUACUGUUCUUUAGACAACGUGAUCCCAGAGGAGAUCCUGGGGAAGAUCACGUUAGCGACUGUGAAAGCACUGAACCACUUAAAAGAAAGUCUGAAGAUCAUCCACAGGGACAUUAAACCUUCCAACAUCCUACUGGAUCGUAAAGGGAACAUAAAGCUGUGUGACUUUGGCAUCAGUGGUCAACUGGUCGACUCCAUCGCCAAGACCAGGGACGCCGGCUGCAGGCCAUACAUGGCACCGGAGCGGAUAGACCCCAGUGCUUCUCGACACGGAUACGACGUCCGCUCUGACGUGUGGAGCCUCGGCAUCACUCUGUACGAGCUGGCCACUGGCAGGUUCCCGUACCCGAAAUGGAACAGCGUGUUUGACCAGCUGACGCAGGUGGUGCGUGGGGACCCCCCGCAGCUCAGCAACUCGGACGAGAGACGCUUCUCCCCAAUGUUCAUUUCCUUCGUCAACGUGUGCCUUACGAAGGACGAGUCCAAAAGGCCAAAGUACAAGGAGCUCCUGCAGAGGGACCCGUUCAUCCAGAUGUACGAGGAACGGAGUGUGGACGUGGCCGGAUACAUCUGCAACAUUCUGGACCAGAUGCCCUCCUCCCCCAGCUCCCCCGUGUACAUGGACUGA